UGUUGAAUUUUGCGACAUCUAUUUCGAUUUUACGACAAAAUUUUGCCUCAAACCAGGCUGGUCCUAUGCGAAGAUUUCGCGAGGAGUGGAGUGACAACCAACCAAGAAAAUGUUUAAAAAGUUUGAGGAGAAGGAGAGUGUGACAGGAGUGACCCAGCUGAAGUCGUCAGCUCAGCGUGGGAUCAGAGCCAAGCUGCUGGACGAGUACGGUCACUGUGAGGACUACCUCAACCAGAUAGUACCCAAGAAGGAGGCCAUGAAAAUAGUCAAGUGCCAUGACCAUGUAGAGAUCAUUGCCAUAGGAAAUGAACUGCUGUUCUUCAGACAGAGGGAUGGACCCUUCAUGCCCACACUAAGACUACUACAUAAGUACCCAAUCCUGUUGUCCCACCAGCAGGUUGAUAAGGGUGCCAUCAGGUUUGUGUUGAGUGGAGCUAACAUCAUGUGUCCUGGACUCACCUCACCGGGAGGGAAGAUGGCUCCUGCAGACAAGGACACUGUGGUCGCAAUAAUGGCAGAGGGAAAGGAGCAUGCACUGGCAGUAGGGAUUCUGAAGAUGUCAACAGCAGACAUAGCAUCCAUAAACAAAGGAGUUGGGGUUGAGAAUGUGCACUACCUAAAUGACGGGCUGUGGCACUUUAAGACUGUAAAAUAGCACUCUCUGACUGGUGAAAAUGAUUUUACACAUACCUGUAAUAUCUUUCGAACUUCUGCUGUCAGUUGGACCUAGUUCAUCUCUUACAAAGAAACACACCAGCAUUGGUGUAUAAUAUGUAAUGCCACUUACAAAAUGAUAUGAAAAAUAUGGAGUUACUUGAGUCUUAAAUCUCUUUCUGGUCUACAUCUUUUUUGGUGCAAGCAAACUACAGCAUUUAAGAAUAAUUAAGUUGGAACUUCCAAAGGGCAAAUUCAAACCCUAUAAAUUUGCCAUUUGUUUGGAUAAUGUUAUCAUUUCAAAUGAUGCCAACAUGUAUGUUAGCAAAAUUGAGUCAUUUUAAAGUAUUGCCCCCGUUGUCACAUGUUUCAUUUAAUGUGGCCAUAACAAGAUGUUCCAGUACUAUCUAACACAUGCAUACUGUAUUCAAUGCUUUGUAGACACACUCAGUACAUUACUACAGAUAUCUAUCUCUAUGACUAAAUACUUGCUUCACAAUAGGAAACCAUGGCAUGUAAACAUGGCGUCUGUCUGUCACCGAGAUAAUAUCAAAUACUAAUAGUACACCAGCGGUCUACU